AUGAUACUCUGCGUCGAGGAGGCUCACCGGCUCGGCUGCAUCCACCGCGAUGUCAAGCCCGACAAUUUUCUGGUUUCAUCCUCUGGGCACUUGAAGAUUUCGGAUUUUGGCCUGGCUUUUGACGGACACUGGUCCCACGACACGGCAUAUUACAAUUAUCAGCGCUACUCACUUGUUCGCCAACUCGGAAUCGUGGUUGACGGCGACACCUGUGACCUCAUUGACCAAACGGCGCUCCAGAAGCAAAUCAAAUGCCUAGGACACAACAAGUAUGACAAGAUAUUCAACGGCAACGGUGGCCAUCUGCUCAACUAG